AUGAAGCUUUCUGCGAUGCCACGAUGUGCUAAAACUCCCAAGAGCUGUGGACUUCACCAGCUUGAACCAGACUGCCCGAAAUUUUCUGUAUUCAAAAAUCGCAACGUCCGUGGUUGGUGGCCAUGUACUGAUACAAUUUACGAAAGGGUAGAAUUGCAAGGCAAAGUUGAAUGUGAAUUGGAGCUACUCACGGCUGUGGAUGCCGAGAACUCUCCGGCUGGUCAGGCUCGUGAGGAACCGAAUGCCUUGCCCAAACCAAAUCGACCGGAUAGUUCAUUCAUGAAAAUCCUCGGACCGUUGAACACCAUCCGAUACUUUGUGAAGUACAAACUCAAAUGGAUUCUGAUAAAGAUUCUCAUCGUAUUCCUCAUCCUGCUGAUCGUUGCCCUGUUCAUCUACAGUUUCCCUGGUGCUAUUGUCCGCAAAAUUGUCGGAGCUUGA